CUAUUGUAUCACUGUCUCCCAAGACGAGGGGGUGACAGUGGGCUAGGGUUGGAGGCUUCGCACCAGUGAAAGUAAGCUAAUCCGACUCGUGUUUCGUUCGUGCCAAGAACGGGCGGAGACACAAAAAGUUAAGGGAACGGACGCGGACUGGCUAUGUUGCGAAAUCUAUUUUUCUAAUUCGUAGAUUAGGCAACAAGAAGUUGAGUUUGUGGAAUUAGGCAUACUAAAGUGAUUUUGUAUCUGAAAGGAAAAGCGCCAAAGGACUCCAGAGCGCAAGGAUGGCUGUGUCGGUCUCAAGGGACCUGUCAGUGAGCGUGACGACGGACAUCAACUCGGAUAAACUGACCUACAGACAGCGGGCUCUGCGCGAGAGCAUCCAGAAAGGCGAGCCAAAGGCUUUGGGGGUGUCCCAGGUAAUGAUUGGGUUGAUGGUGAUGUCCUACUCCAUCCCCCUCCUCUCCACUGAGUUCACAGAGGUCGUGACCUUUGGGGUACCCUGGUGGAGUGGCCUAUCGCUGGGUGUGUGUAUGGUAGUGACACUGGUGGCCAUUUUGGUUUCUCUCCUGGCCCUCAUCUUCUACUUCAUUGAUCUCCACAAUAACCCAGAGACACCGUGUAACCACCCCCUGGCCGCCGCAACACACUACGGGGAGGAGUAUGAAUGUGACCACCAGCACUAUGCCACUGUGUUCAGUUAUGGAGUAAAGUCGUCCCUCCUUCUCUUUACCAUCAUCCAGAUCAUCGUCUCCUCGACGCUCUCUUACAUCCUGUACAAAAAGAGGAGGGGUUUCGGACCAUACUCAUCUAUCAAUCAAGAUGUUCCCUCGACUCCCAUACAGGUCACUGCCCCCAACUUCAACUGACCAAUAACAGCUGCAGAAGGACUUUAACUGACCAAUCACAUCUACAGACAGAUUUCCACCAAUUCCCCUGUUAUGAUACUGAUGAUUUGUCCGCCACUGAUGGUUUGUUUAAGUUUCUACCAUUGUGGCUUUAUGUUAUGUCUUUGAAUGUGUAACAUGAGGCUGUGGAAUUGAUUUGGAUGUGAUUCCAUAGUAUGCAGUGUUUUACUACAAUGCAGUGUUAAAUAAUGGUUUAAUUUUCCCUAAAUUCCUCAUUUGUUUUGUAUAUUAUCACCUAAAUAAAAUCAUUUAUAUAAAAAAA